GUAUUUUAAAUGGUAAAUUUUUAGGCUUUUUAAGAAAUAAGGUAAGAAAUUACUCUGUAAAUAAAUUUGGUUACUUAAACUAUAGAAUUCACUCACCAGAAACACAUUAUAAAUAGAUUAAAAAAAAAAAAAAGACUUAUCUUAUUAUCUUACAAUGACAAUACUAAUUGUUUGCUUGUUAUAUAAAAUAACGUGACAAAUGACCAAAAUACUAACCAUAUUAUAUAUAGUCACAUAGUUAAAACAUCACCUCGUCAAUCUUUUUGUAGCAAAAUCAGGAAAUAUAUAAGUUUCUUAGACAUGUACAUACUAAAUUACCAACCAACAAUUAAUAAUUCUAUUCCAAAUGUUAUUUAAAUACUUUGCAUAUCCUCAAAAUUAAAACCAAAUCAAACCAUCAAAAAUAAAAAUACUGUAAUAUACAAGAGCGAAAUAUAUUCACCCAAAAAAAAUGGGAAUUUCGAGCAAUUUGGUAGCAUAUUGCCUUGUUAUUUUUGUGUUAUUAAGUAUUGCUGUAAAUGGACAACCAAUUGUACCAGCAUUGUUCAUAUUUGGAGAUUCAGUAGUUGAUGUGGGUAAUAACAACGAUCUUCAUACAAUUGUGAAGUCGAAUUUUGCUCCUUAUGGUAGAGAUUUUUCCCAUCAUAAGCCUACAGGAAGAUUUUGCAAUGGCAAACUUGCUACUGACUUUACUGCUGAAACUAUAGGAUUUACAUCUUACCAACCAGCAUACCUAAGCAUAGAUGCGACGGGGAAAAACCUGCUGAUUGGAGCCAAUUUCGCCUCUGCUUCUUCAGGGUAUCAUGCCAGUACACCCAAGAUAUAUAGCACAAUUUCAUUGAGCGAGCAGCUGGAACAUUACAUGGACUACCAGAAGAAAUUAGUGUCACUUGCAGGAAAAACCAACGCGACAUCAAUAAUUACAGAGGGAAUUUAUCUGAUUAGUGCUGGAAGCAGUGAUUUCCUUCAGAACUAUUACAUCAACCCUCUUCUCUACAAGCUUUACUCUCCUGAGGCAUUCUCUAACCUUCUUGUACAAGAAUUUGCACAACUUGUUCGCAAGUUGUAUUGGCUUGGAGCAAGAAAAGUAGGGGUAACGUCGCUACCACCUCUAGGAUGCUUACCGGCUGCAAUCACCAUAUUUGGAAAGGACAGUAAUGAAUGUGUAGAUCACAUAAACAAAGACGCAAUUACGUUCAAUGAUAUGCUUAAUUCUACUGCAAAGGAGCUGCAGACACAGCUUAAAAAUCUUACUUUGGUGGUCUUUGAUAUUUACCAGCCACUUUACGAGUUGGUCACUAAGCCUGAAGACAAUGGGUUUGUUGAGGCAAGAAAGGCAUGUUGUGGAACAGGAUUGCUAGAAACAUCAUAUCUAUGCAAUGCAAAGUCGCCAGGAACCUGUAAAAACGCGUCUGAGUAUGUAUUCUGGGAUGGUUUUCAUCCAACAGAAGCCACCAAUAGAAUUCUGUCUGAUGAUCUUAUUGCAGCUGCCGUUUCCCUUAUCUCUUAGAAUUUCUUUCAAAAAUUGCGUAUCAGUUGUUUAAGAUAUGUUUUUCUAUACAAUUACUAUCAGAAUAUGUAUUUUACAUUUACAUAUAAAAGUGUGUGAAAUUGGAUCACAUUUUGUCUUUGUUAAACUCAGUACAAGUUGUUUGAAAAAGGUUUGGUUUGAUAAAAUUUUAUAUGAAU